UGAAGACGUCCUCGAAAUUAUGAGCUUACAAACAGCAUAAAAAUCUAUCCUAUCCACUGCAUUUGCAAAGCCUAAGAGCGUCACAAGAUGUCCUCUACAAGAGACACAAAAGAGCCAACAAACUCUUCGGAGGAUCAUCCUUCUACAGCCGCAUUACCCAAGGGUGUGGUUCUCGGUCCCGAUGGCAAACCAUGCCGAACUUGUACCCCUUUUGCUUCAUGGAAAGCCAUGAUGGCGAGUGACAAGCCCUCCUCGCCUUCCACUAUCUCGACGCCGUCCACGUCACCGACCAGAUCCACAUCCACAUCCGCGACUUCCUUCGCUGCAGAGGAACCUCCCUCCGAUUGCCCUCCUGACGUCGCCCAACUUGGUCGCAGCACCUGGACGCUCCUCCACGCGCUCACGGCCUCCUACCCGACCUCCCCCUCCCCAACCACGCAGACCAGCGCGCUGACCUUUGUCACGACGCUGUCCCAGCUCUACCCCUGUUGGCACUGCGCGGGGGAUUUCCGCGCAUGGAUGAGCCGGCCCGGGAACGCGCCGCGGGUGAAGAGCAGAGCGGAGUUCGGGCAGUGGAUGUGUGAGGCGCAUAACGAGGUGAAUCGGAAACUGGGUAAGGAUGAGUUCGAUUGUGGGAAGUGGGAGGAGCGGUGGCGGACGGGGUGGAAGGAUGGACGGUGUGAUUAGUGGAGGAGAAAGACCAGGGGGAUUGUCUGCGGAUAUUUGAGUGUGGGUAUGUAUGCUACGAAAAGGUUGAGGGGAUUGGACGACCUUCACUCUCGCAUUGGGUAAGGGGUAUUCCUCUUACGUUGCAUGGGCUGGGCGUUGUGCGAUGGGCAUUAGAUGGGCAUAUGGCGGAG